AUGGAGAAUGAGGGUCAAGAGGCACUUGAGGAGGAUGAAGCGCUGAAAACAAAUGAAGAGGAUGCUGCGCCGAUUAGCGACGAUGAAGAGGUGGAAGAAAGUGAAGAUGUCGAGGGCAAUAUUGAAUCCGAGGCGCCAUACCAAGGAGAACGUGUACUGACAGAGACUGACCGGCCUUCAAUGCACAACCAGACGUACGAUGUGGGAGCGGAAGAGGAGAUGAAGUGGAUGAAGAUGAUGAGGCAGAUUUGCUUCCACCUCCAAUCACACAAGUGGGUGGUAGAAGUCAGAAAAGAUCUUCUGGUAGGGUCACAAUGCCCUCAAGUCGACUGCACGGCUACGAGCUAUAUCAGUCUUGUAUAUCAUAAGCCCAUCUCAUUUUUCUUUGUCAAGAACAUUUGUCCUGAAUACUUGCAGCCGUAG